AAAACGCGGAAACAAUUAAAAAUAAAAUCAAAAAUAAAUCGCCGAUCAAUCCAUCUUCUUCUUCAUUUGGUAUUGCUGCUUACGUCGUCAGAUCUGCUCGUUUUUUCGCUCCAUUUUUGGGUCACCAUUACUCAGCUUCCGUAAGUGUUUUGAUUGUUUGUUUUCUCCGAAGUUUUGAAUCAAUGAUCUGAGAAAAUUUCCCUGUUUAGAUCGACGAUUCUCAAGGUUUUUGUUAUGUGCUUGUUGGAAUCGUUUUCGCCGAUUGAGUUUCUAGAUCUGAAGUUCAAUCGGUGAUUACGAUUGAGAUAGUUGCUGUUGUUACUAAGGUUUUGAUUCUCUGGUCAGAUACAUUAGACUGAUAAACAUUUUAUGGCGUUUUCUACAAAUUUGUUUGUUUCCUAGGUUUUAAAUAUCACAUUAGAUGGACGAAAGCGGAGGUGAUAGUGGUUCAGUGGCCACACCUGUUCAACAGCGAGCACAUGAGGCAUGGAGGAUUUACCAACACUAUCUUGACAAGACUACACCUCAUGCAAAUUACAGAUGGAUUGGAACUCUUGUCGUCGCUCUUAUCUACUGUUUGAGGGUUUACUAUAUUCAGGGUUUCUACAUCAUCGCCUAUGGUCUUGGAAUCUACCUUCUCAAUCUGCUUAUCGGGUUCUUGUCCCCUCUUGUUGAUCCUGAAGCUGGUGGGGUCUCUGAUGGGCCUUCUCUGCCUACUAGAGGUUCUGAUGAGUUCAAGCCUUUCAUUCGCCGUCUCCCCGAGUUCAAAUUCUGGUACUCCAUGACAAAGGCUUUCUGCAUAGCUUUCCUCAUGACAUUCUUCUCGGUGUUUGACGUUCCUGUGUUUUGGCCAAUUCUGCUGUGCUAUUGGAUCGUUCUCUUUGUUCUCACCAUGAGACGCCAGAUCGCCCACAUGAUCAAGUACAAAUACAUCCCUUUCAGCUUCGGCAAACAGAAAUAUGGUGGACGGAGCAGCAGCGGCUCACGUGCGGAUUGAUCUGACCAAUUUGCUGACCAUUAGCUACUUUUUUUGUCUUUGCAAAAGAGAAAGAAAAAAUUGUUAAGAAUAUCAUUUUGGACCAUUUUUACAUUGACAAAACUAUGCAGAGCUAUAAGGAAGAAUUAUAGGCAGGAUAAAAAAGGAUGGAAACUAAACUUGAUUUAGCUCGGAAGAAAAUUGUUCCCUUUAGUUGUUUAUCCAUGAUUUGCAAUAUGAUCUAUAAUCUGUUGCUUUACU